GGUGUCCAAGCCCCGCCCUCCCCAGCCCCUUCCUGUCAAGAGGCAGCUGUUGUCUCCUCGGAGGCGCCUCCUGCAUCGACGCCUCUAAUUCGGAUGAACAGAACUUGGCAGAGGACCAAGGGGAUCCUUCCUGUCUCUUGGAGGCUUCCUGAGAGCACACAUGGAUGAGCAGGACUCAGCUGGCCCUGGAGCAGGAAGAGGCCAGGCCAUGAAAAAGGGGAGCAGUGUGGGAUUCUGGGAAAGCUCUGUGCAGAAGAUCUUAGGUGAGGAGCACACCCUUCGCUCAGAGGCACAGAGCCGGCAGUUCAGCUGGUUCUGCUACCUGCAAGUCAAAGGACCCCGUGAGGUUUGCAGCCAACUUUACCACUUUUGCCACCAGUGGCUGAAGCCAGAAAGGCACACGAAAGCGGAGAUGCUGGACCUGGUGAUCUUGGAGCAGUUCCUGGCUGUCCUUCCAGCGGAGAUGGAGAGCUGGGUGAGGGAAUGCGGAGCAGAGACCAGUUCCCAGGCCGUGGCCCUGGCCGAAGGUUUCCUCCUGAGUCAGGCGGAGGAGAGGAAGCAGGGAAAGGAUCUUUCUGCAGAAACGGGUCCUGAUUCCUCUGAGGCAGAGAGGACGUUGUUGGACACCAGAGAGAGGCCGCUGGGUGAAAGAGGGAUGCUGGCAAGACCUCCUCCUGCAUCUCUUCAUCCUGGUGGAGGGGAAGCAGCAGCUGAGGAACCGGAUCAGGGUCUAGUGUGCUUUGAAGACGUCACUGUUUGUUUCACGGCGGAGGAGUGGGCGUUGCUGGAUCCUGCCCAGAGAGCUCUGCAUAAGGAGGUUACAGAGGAGAAUCGUGGUAUCCUGGCCUCUCUCAGUGGUGAUGAAUUAGAAAAUAAGAACCAGCGAAUCCAUGACAAAAUCCACACAGUGGAGAACCCCUAUCAAUAUGUGGAGUGUGGAGAGAGCUCUCAUUCCUCAUCCCAUCCAAGAAGUCCUACUGGGAAGAAAAAGCAUCAGUGCUUGGAAUGUGGGAAGAGCUUCCGUCAGAGGGCCCAUCUCACGGCCCAUCAAAUGAGUCAUAAAGGAGAGAAACCUUAUCAGUGCUUGGAAUGUGGGAAGAGCUUCAGUAAGAAGGCCUAUGUCACUUCCCAUCAAAGAAUUCAUACAAGGGAGAAACCCUACCAGUGCUUGCACUGUGGGAAGAGCUUCAAACAGAGGUCCCAUCUCACUAUCCAUGAGAGAAUUCAUACAAGGGAGAAACCAUAUCAGUGCUUGGAAUGUGGAAAGCGCUUCAGUCAGAGGUCCCAUCUCACUACCCAUCAAAUAAUUCAUACAGGGGAGAAACCUUAUCAGUGCUUGGAAUGUGGGAAGGGCUUUAGUUCAAAGGCCUAUGUCACUUCCCAUCAAAAAAUCCAUACAAGGGAGAAACCCUAUCAGUGCUUGCAUUGUGGAAAGAUUCACUCAGAAAGGAAGUCUCACUUCCCAUCAAAGAACUCAUACCUGGGAGAGAGUCCACAUAAAUGCUUGGAAUGUGGAGAGAGUUUUAGUCAGGAGUCCUUUCUCACUUCCCAUCAAAGAACUCACAGCGGGGAGAAUCAGAUUCCCCAAGAAUCAUUGGAUUGUUGUAUUGGGUUGGAUGGUGAGAGUCAUCUUCUCCAACCCCCUGCAAUGAAGGAUAUUCAACAAAAGAAUUGUCUCGGCAAGACCUCCUCAUCCAUCUUUUCUGGAACCAGCUCAGAUGGUGAUGAAUCAGAAAUGAAGAACAAGGGAGACCAUGAUGAAAUCCCCACAGAGGAGAAACCAAGUAAAUAUUUGGAAUGUGGAAAGAGCUUUAGUCAAAGCUCCCAUUCAGCUUCCCAAAAAAGGAAUUCCAUUGGGAAGAAACCGUACCAGUGCUUGGACUGUGGGAAGAGCUUCAAUCAGAGGGGUCACCUCACUAUCCAUGAAAGAAUUCAUACAGGGGAGAAACCAUAUAAGUGCUUGGAAUGUGGGAAGAGCUUUAGUUACAGGUGCAGCCUCAGUUCCCAUCAAAGAAUUCACACAGGGGAGAAACCUUAUCAGUGCAUGGAAUGUGGAAAGAGGUUUAUUCGGGGGGAACAACUCAUGGUCCACCAAAGAAUUCAUACAGGGGAAAAACCUUUUCAGUGCUUGGAAUGUGGAAAGAGCUUUAGUCAAAGUGCCACUCUCACUUCCCAUCAAAGAAUUCAUGCAAGAGAAAAACCUUAUCAGUGUUUGGAAUGUGGGCAGAGCUUCAACUGGAAAUAUAAUCUCACUUCCCAUCAAAGAAUUCAUGCAAGAGAAAAACCUUAUCAGUGCUUAGAAUGUGGGCAGAGUUUCAGGGAAAGCGCCAAGCUCACUUCCCAUCAAAGAAUUCAUACAGGGGAGAAACCCUAUAAGUGCUUGGAAUGUGGAAAGAGCUUUAAACAGAAGGGAGGUCUAACUUCCCAUCAAAUAAUUCAUACAGGGGAGAAACCAUUUCAGUGCAGGGAAUGUGGGAGAAGAUUCACUCAUAGUGGCAAUCUCACUUCCCAUGAAAGAACACAUACCUGGGAGAGCCCAUAUAAAUGCUUGGAAUGUGGAAGAAGUUUCAGCCAGGACUCCUAUCUCAUUUCCCAUCAAAUAAUUCAUACAGGGGCAAGACCAUAUAAAUGCUUGGAAUGUGGAAAGAGUUUUAGUCAGGAGUCCUUUCUCACUUCCCAUAAAAGAACUCACAGCGGGCAGAAUCACAAUCUCCCAGAAUCUUUGAGCUGUUGCAUUGGAUUGGAUGGUGAGGGUCGUCUUCUCCAGCCCCCUGCAAUGCAGGAUUUUCAACAAAAGAAUUCAUGACAGAUGGCCACCCAACCUUUGCUUAAAAUCCUUCAAUUCAAGAAGAGUCCACCAUCUGCCUGAUGUUUAAUCAGAUUCUCCUUACUUGUAUCUUGAAUGCAUUGGUGUGGGUCCUUCCCACGAAAAAGCAAGUUUGCUUGGUUUGGGUCCUUCCACCAGAGCAGGAGAAAGCAAGCUUGCUCCCUCUUCCAUGGCCCAGCUCUUUAGAUAUUGGAAGACGGCUUUCACAUCUCCUUCUCAAUCUUCUCCAUGAUAAACAUCCCCAUCUCCCUCAACUGUCCCUCAAUAGACUUGGUUUCCAGAGCCUUGAUCCCCUUGGUCUCCCUCCUCUGCUCCCAUUCCAGCUCAUCAGGGAUGAAGCUCAUUCAGAAUCUGGCACAAAAGGUUUGGUCCCAGCAAAGCCAUUGUGGAGAUACAAAGUAAGCAGCUUGCAAAAGGGAUGGAGGUAAUCCAAAAUGCAUCAUCCGUAAUGAAGUGCAUAAACUGCGUUACUGAGAGGAAGCUGAAACCUCCUUUCCCGCCAUGUUUGCAACAUCUCUUUUCCUGCAUUUCAAGGGGUUUGACUAAAGGACCCUCUGUGCUCCUUCCAACUCUACAAUGCUAUGAUUCUAUUAUCCUCUCUUGAUGCAGCUUAGAAUAGCAUUAGCCUUUCUUUGUUGGUGCUUCACUCUGUUGACCUAAGAGCCCUAGAUGCUUUUUAUGUGUACUACUGGCUAGCUAGUUGUCCCUCAUUUUAUAUUUGUGCAUCUGGUUGUGCCUGCCUAAAUGCACAUCCUGACAUAUUGAAAUUCAUGAAUUGCAUUCCUAUAACACCCUGUCCUUGAAGGUGCUGUUACACGGUUCUUCCCUAUCUCAUUUAAUGCUGACUAUAUAAUCCUGUGAGAUAAGUUGGGCUGUGAUGCAGUUCCUGGCCUCCCAAGUUCACACAGUGAGCUUCAUGGCUGAGUGGGGAUUUGAACCCAGGUCUGCCAGGUCAUAGUCCAGCACUCUAACUACUAUAUCACACAGCUCUAUAAUGAAACUCUCAGAAAGUGUGCAUGCAUUUUUUAUUUUUAUAUUGUAUUUUUACACCAUGAAUCGCCCUGAGAUCUUUGAAUGAAGGGUGGUAUAACAUUUUACAAACAGCCAAAUAAAUAGAUAAAAUUAAAGUCGUUAGAAAUAACUCAUAAAAAAUACACAACCAAACUGAAGAAUAGCCACAUAAAUCACAAGAAGAUGUAAAAUAAAGACACAAAUUCCAACCUCAGAACGCCUGACCAUACCUCCUAAGUCCAAGGGUUUAUUCAGCAGCCUCAGCUUUCGUAGCUGGAGUCAGUCCGUCCACCAGUCACUCUAGGGCCUACUCUUCCAGGCCACUUGUGAAAAGGCCUGCAAGGCAGGGAGCAGGUCUUCCAGGACUCACAGCCAAGACGGUAUCUGGCCUUUUCAAUAGAGACCCUUGGAGUGGGGAGUGAGGGGGUAGUAGCAGGGUUGGUUAGAGCAGUAGAAUAGGAACAGCAUAAUAUCGCCCCUUGUUUCAGUUUUAAUAAAGUAAAAAAAAGGAACAGGAACAUCUGAAAGCACAUGCUUAUGUACACAAAGUUACCCUGAACUUCUUGUUUAUUAUUUAAUAAAUCAGUUAUACUCCAGA